ACUAAACAACMUGACCUAACGGAGACAAGUUGCAGUUUUACGUUGAAGAAAAAUAUUUGAUGAUGUUGGCCAUUCGAGUCAUAAUUUACUCCAGCCUUCUUCCUGGCAUUGUUUUAUUUGGUUCUGCUUUACAAUGCUACGAGUCACUGUGUCAUAGAUUCCAAGACGGUUCAAGUCUCCCGUGCGAUGUAGAAGAAACAAAUUGCGCCAAACGAGGUCUCGAUCGGUGUAUGACAAUCAGAGCAACAAUCACUAUUUCUGAUGAAGUUGUACACCAAGAAAUUCGUAACUGUACUAACGCAGCGUUAUGCAGUAUCCCCGAUCAAGUGUGCAAAGUUGGGAACAAAACUGGAAAAUACAGCCACUGUCAAAUGAGUUGUUGUCAUGGAGACCUAUGUAACAAWAAUACUGGGUCGAUCACCAAGGAAACCACAAGACCAAGCCAUCCAAUUGGUGCUGAUUUGAGCUGUUAUUCCUGCGUUUCWAUCAAGAGUGGCUCCAAUUCAGACAACYAUUGUUCCCASUCUCCACUCAAGCAAASAUGCGGGAAGUCUGGGAACACAGGRCUGGUGCAGGACCGGUGCAUGACAAUUACGRUUAAAAAAGGCUUGGUCACUCAGGAAUUACGUAAUUGCAGCGAUGCAAUUUAUUGCAAUGGAGACAACUACUGCAAGCCUGCCAAUAGGAGUUCAGCGGGAKCCCUUACAUACUGUGACGUAUCAUGUUGCUAUGGAAACCUAUGCAAUAGUGACGCCUUAACUGCUUCCAAUGUUGGUACAAUAAGACCAAAUACAGAGACCGAGGUGGUUAUGACUACAUUUGCAUCACCAAGGAAUCCGUCUCCAACGAAUGGUAACGCAAUGGUGCAGUCACGGGGUGUUGUCACACAAUCGUCGUUGAAAGCAGCAGUUAUGGCUGUGGUUGGUCCAUUUCUUCUAUGUUAUACUACUUAGUUGUAUCGUACUGUCAAUYUAAAAUAAUUGAUACGAGACAAUUGAAAUCAUCCCCUCCCUCCCUUCAAAAAAGAAAAAAAAAUUAUAAAUUAUUAUAUCAUUAUAAAUUACCGAAUUGUCAAAAGUUUUGUUCGUUUACGAGACGAUGAGAUGGUGCCGACCGUUGAAAAAAAGAGGACAUACCACGCGAAACAACUAAUAUAAAAUCGUAAAUUUGCUUUUAACACAAAAAGAUAGAUAUUCUGCAAUUAGAUAACAAUCCUAGAAAAAAAGAGAACAAUCUUGUGAUGGUGGUAUGUACUGUUAUUUCAAGUGAGUCUGCUGUCUACUAUAAAACAGUGGUCGCUGGCAUUGAAAUGGGAAAAGGCUUAUUAAAAAUUAGUGGAGUUUCUAAAAUAUUUAGGAUACUACGCACGCUGUGAUUGGUCGAAAACCAUGUUUGAUUACA